AUGCAGUAUGAUCGGGCUGUUAUCCUCAAGAACGAUACCUUCUUCAUCAAUGUUGAUGGCAAGAACUGCCAACUCUUGGGAGAUCCCAACAAGCUUGCAGACUGUGCCGACAUCGAGACAUUGCUGUCGGUUGUUGACUAUGUCAAUCUAAAGAAUUCAUGCGUUGAACUACCCACGGCCCAGCAGCCGAUGCCGAACAACCCGGGAUUGCCGCGCAGUUUGGUCGCGGUGUUGUAUUAUGCCGGAAGGAAGUCACUUGUGGCCAGCUUGAAAGAGCUUUUCCAGGCGCGAACCGGUGUUAGCUGGUGCACAAAUGCGUCACAGGAAAUAACCCAGGUUAUAACCUCUUACAUGAAUGGUUUGGUCGCCGAUGGAUUGCUUGACAAGAUCGUCGAUACCUUGGGGGAACUAAUCAUCACCUGUCCCCCUGGAACUGGAUGUGUUGACGAAAAAUCGAGCACUUGGGCCACCCAAACAUCAUCGGCAAGCGUUGGAGUUGUUCGAGGAAAUUCGGCCGCUCAAAGUGGACUGCCACGGGGGACAAUUGUAAAGGAAACUCCCCACCCGGUUUCCACAUCCUACUACAAGUCAACACACCAGCCUUCACACCAUUCCCCGGACGCAAAAAUAUCGAGGAGACCUCCCUACAUGCGUUACAGAUCCUGUACCGGGCUCUCAAAUCACAGGAUGGCGAAUUUUUGGCGUUCGAAGCAGCCAAUCAUCUGCCCCAUUGGGCAAAUUUUAUAA